AUGGAUGGCAAUACAGACAACAUGUUAAUCCAUCAUCAGUCUGAGCUGGUGCUGUCCAGCCAGCAUAGCAGAGCAGCUUUGCACUCCAAGGAUUUGUCAGCAGCUUUCCCAAGGCCUUCGCUGAUGUCCUCCAUGGCUUCUGUCAUGGACAGCACAGAACAUCACCAUCGCCAUGCUGGCAUAGAUCACUCAAUGCCAAGUCUGGGUUACGGGGGAGAGUCACCUUCUGGUUCCAGUAACACCUAUACUACCCUGACACCUCUGCAGCCUUUGCACGACAAGUUCCAUCACCAUCAGCACCACUCCUGCUUACCGAUGAGCAAUGUCAUCGGCAGUUUUACUCUCAUGAGAGAAGAUCGGGGCUUGGGGCCCAAUUUUUAUAGCACAUAUGCCAAAGAUUUAGGCAUGGGGCAGAGUCUGUCUCCCCUUUCAAAUACGUCUGCUUUGAGUUCUAUGCAUGGUUAUGGUCACCUUGGUGGCAGCAGUGGACAGAUGCUGACAAGUGGAUAUGAGGCUCAUAUUGGUGGAGGUGGCCCUGGUGGCCUUCUUUGUAGGACACCAGACUUUUCACGAGAAAUGUCUCCUCCAAUACCUCCUUCAACAAUGGAUACCUGUUUAGGUAGAAUGGACAACCAGCACACAUCCAGUCCACAACAAAUGUACUCCCACCACCUUCAGCAUACAAACCAACGGUCUUCAAUGGUCAUGAGUGACCAUCAAUCCACCAUUCCCAUUACUGGGUUGUCACCUGUUAGUCAAGGAGAUGGGAUGGCUGAGGAAAUCAACACCAAAGAAGUUGCUCAGAGAAUCAUCACUGAGCUAAAGCGAUACAGCAUCCCUCAGGCGAUCUUUGCUGAGCGGAUUCUCUGUCGCUCACAGGGCACUCUGUCUGACCUUCUGAGGAACCCAAAACCGUGGGGCAAACUCAAGUCUGGCCGAGAAACUUUUAAAAGGAUGUCUAGGUGGCUUCAAGAACCAGAAUUCCAGAGGAUGGCGUCUCUGAGGCUUGAAGCCUGCAAGAGGAAGGAGCAGGAGCAGGGCAAACUGGAAAGGAACCAGGGCCCAAAACGACACCGACUGGUCUUCACUGACCUACAGAGGCGCACACUGCAUGCCAUCUUCCGGGAAAACCAGCGGCCCUCCAAGGACCUCCAAAUAACUAUCGCCCACCAGCUUGGACUGGAGCUGUCCACCGUGAGCAAUUUCUUUAUGAAUGCUCGGCGCCGGAGCCAUGACAAAUGGUUGGAUGAAGGUCGCCCAUCCUCUACAGGAUCUACAGCGUCUUCGAUCAGUUCAGCCAUAACCUGUACUAAAGCCUGAAAGGGCCACCUCCAUAGGGGCAAGUACCCAUUUCAGCCAGACAUCCUUUUUUUCUGUGAAAUUUGUAAUCUUGGCAGUGGCAGGUGAGAUUUUUUUCUGCCUUCUCCUUUUUUUAGCCCUGUUUCAUUAGGCUGAUGACUUCUUGAGUUAUAUCUUCAGUGAGUGUCUCCCAACAUCAAUUAGGUGGGGGCUCUACUUUAGGCAGAUCACAACGCAUUUUGUGGAAACUAUUGAUGUCCUGGGUGUCUCCUUUUAAUUUGAUUUACCAAAGGUUUGGGUAAAACAUGUACAGUGGUGAAGACUCUCUGUGCCAAUGUGCACUAAGCCUCCGGAGCUGGCCACUUGCAUCUCAUCAGGCAGGUGUUUCUCUUGAGGGAAUGAUUUUAUAGAUCUUUAACACGCUUUGCUUAUUAUGCCCUGGGUUUAUGGCCUAUUUGAAUAGAAACUAAUUAAAACGAAGAACAUGUAAUAUUCUUUUUUAUGCUUUCAGUGUUGAUAGUGGGCCAAACAUCACUGCCCACUAUCAUUUCACUAACUGGAAAGCAGAUAUUUGAGGGGGAAUGAAGCAGAAGUCUCUCGGAGUAACAUUCAAGCAGCAACUGACAUCCAUUUAUUGAAAAACUCGGGUGUUGCUUGAUACUCAAUUUCUCCUGAAAGUGGAUUACUACCUCAGAGAGGUGGUGUUUAAUCACAGCGUGCAAAAUUCAAUUCAAUAAUAAAUGGACAUAAUGCAUUGCAUUGAGGCAUAUAAAGGUGCAAGGAAGCCAUUUAUUUGUGGAUUUGCACAUGGGCAGAAGUUCAAAAAUGCCAAGAGCAUCUCUUUGGAUUGAGCACCAGAGCUCUUGAGGUCUCCUCAGCUGCAGG